AUGUCUUCUACCAAUGGACUGGUGGAAGAUCCUGGAAGCCCUCUCGACGAUACAAGGGAACAACUCCAAAAUCAAGCCGAGAUGGAUUCCUUCGAGAAGGAUCCCCAAGAAUUGGUUGCAAAUGGCUUUCGACCAGUUUGGACUCAGGGAGAUGGGUAUCCAGGUCCUAUACCAGAUGAUAUUGCCGCUUUCAUCAACCCCGACGAACAGUGGAACAAAACCUUGAGACUGGUUGGGCCCAUGUCCAGCCUGUUCUGGCUCGCAGGGCUCGAUGACUUCGUCACCGCAAUCGACAGCCCGGAAUUCACUAUGCGUGACGAGGUUGUUCCAAUCCCAAGCAAUGCAUCUAUUCGAUCGAUGCUACCCCACUUGUACGACAGUGGCAAGAUUCCAGGGGCCGUUUACAAGAACUAUUGUCUGCCUCCGCCAGAUCUGUCGGUCAUUGCGUUCCCGGUCCGGCCUGUUCAGAUCCCUGGACCAGUCACGUCGACUGUCCAGCAGCACAACCUGCGAGACCUGUUCCCCCUCUGCCGCCAGCAAUGUUUCCCAGGGCAGAUCCGCUCAGUCAAAAUUUCCGAACAUUCACAGAUCGAGCGGGUAUGCCGAGAUAUUGAGCGCGAUGUGCUCCCGUCGCUGGGCGGCGGCAACUUCUUGUUCCGCGGCUUGUCUCGACGCGGGCUUGUCUCAUCGAUGGCUUUCUUCCUGCCGGUAAUCAAUUCUCAUCACUUCGAUCAGGACUUUGGACCCGGCAUUUACACAACACCGUCCAUUCAAUUGGCCCUACGAUACGCAGCACCGCAAGGUGCCUUGAUGGUGUUCCGCAACACAGAUUUCCGGUCACUGAAAGUCUGGGAAUUGAAUGCUCGGGACUGGUCCGCGGUCACUCGGUAUUGGACUGGACGGACCCUAUCGAACCCUGACCAGCAAUGCCCCGAUGACUGGGAUGGCGCCGAUGUCAUUAGCGGUCCGACUACAAGUCCAGGGCCCCGACGCCAUGAAUUUCUUGUUCCGGGUGACGACACGCAAGUCGUUGCAACUUCAUACCCGGCAAUGUGUGCUUUGGCCCGCUCGCUGGCAUUGAUAAUUUGGCUCGCAUGA